CUCACGUUCUCUAGCUUGGCUGAAGAGACGAGCGGGAGGGCGGUCUCGAAGAAGGCGGCCGUGAAGGGGAGGAGCAGCCACCCCCACCGCUUCCUGAGUGAGGAAGGAAGAACGAAAGAGUGCGAGCGAGGCAAGAGGCGGAAGGUGCUGCGGUGAAGACAGAGAGAAAGUAGCGAGCUGAGGGGGAGCGACGAGGCCAGCAGGCCGGACUCGGCCGCUGUCGCCGAGAUGGAGCAUCACCUCCACCACCACCAGCCUGCUAGUCGGUACCAAAUGCUUCACAAUGAAGAUGAUCCUCCAGAAUCAUCAGUGGUUGAACAACCUUCCACCUCUACAGAAACUAUACCAGCUUCUCAAACGGAGGCGUCUUUACCUGAAGCAGAUACUUCACCUCCACCUUACUGCAGUAUUGCCACAGAAGCAGCUGCAACACCAGAAAUGGAAUCGCCUAAUGAAUUUUACCCAGUGCCACCUCCGUACAGCGUAGCUACCUCUCUUCCCACUUACGAUGAAGCAGAGAAAGCCAAAGCUGCAGCGAUGGCAGCUGUUGCAGCAGAAGCAGCAGCUCAAAGACACGGCCAAUUUAGGGAGUCUAGGAGUCUGUUUGAUGAAAUAUUCCUGAGCCCACCAGAGGAAGAAGAGUAUCCCCCAAGGGAUGAUUUCAGUGAUGCAGACCAGCUUCGCGUGGGCAAUGAUGGCAUCUUCAUGUUGGCUUUUUUCAUGGCAUUCAUUUUCAACUGGAUUGGAUUUUGCUUAUCAUUCUGUAUAACUAACACCAUAGCAGGAAGAUAUGGUGCCAUCUGUGGAUUUGGGCUAUCCCUGAUCAAAUGGAUUCUUAUUGUUCGGUUCUCAGAUUACUUUACUGGCUACUUCAAUGGACAGUACUGGCUUUGGUGGAUAUUUCUCGUACUUGGUCUCCUCCUAUUUUUCCGAGGUUUUGUUAAUUACCUGAAAGUCAGAAACAUGUCUGAAAGUAUGGCAGCUGCUCAUAGAACAAGAUUUUUCUUCUUGUACUAGAGACUGCUUCGACCAGACAUUCCUUUCUCGUACCAAUGUGAACUUCCAGCCAAUCUGUAACCUUCCAAGUGAAUAGGGAAAGACGACUACUAAAAAACAGAAGAUAAAUUUGAAGCAGGAUCUUUUGCCGCUUAAUGAAUGACAGGAUGGUUUAUACUUAAGUGCCAUUUCUGUUCAUUCUAGUAAAUAUUUAUAUUAAGCAUUGCCUUUUGUCUUGCACAUAUGUAUAUGUGCUAAUUUAACAAGAACUUUAAAAACAAUAAAGUCCAUGCAUAUGGUCUGCUAAGCAGUCGAAUACAGCCAGACUUGACUAAUUUGUGUUUCGUAUCUGGAAGAUUUUAAGUGGUAACUUGUUUUCACAGUAUUAUGUACUAUCUACUUACUGAUCUGAAGUUUCAAUUAAGUACAGAUAAUUUGUACUGAAUGACUCAGAAUAAGCCACUUAGACUCUGUUAGUAUGUAAAUUACAUUCAGCCAAUUAUGCACAUAAAAAGUGUUCUGUCACAUAAUUUGUAGUUCUGUAGAUAUACGUUGAAAAGCUGUUGAAGGCCGACCAAGGUUUUCCCAGUGCACCUCUCUUGUUCUGGUGCCAUUGGCAUGAAUUUGUUUUUUCCCUACAUAGAUGUGGGCCAUAUAAGCAGUAGCCUUAAUUGGUGCCAAUUUAAAACCCAGUUUCUUGAAGUAAGCAUAUACAGUAAAAUCUGCAUGUGCUGUAAUUCAAAAAGUCCCAAUAUAUUACCUGAUUGUUAUAUUACAGGAAAGCUGUGGUGGUUGCUCACCUGUGACAGCAUCCCAUGCUGCUCUGGUAAUGUAGGAAACCAGAAGACAGAUGAGGGUAGCGAGAUCACAUGGAGGACGCUGCACCAGGCUUGGUUGUCAGAUCAGGGAGGAAUGGAAUUGCCUUUUCUCUUUCCCUGUGACUUCUCCAUUUCUGCAUUAACAGAGCAACAUGGGAUUGAGCCGUGUUGGAGCAGUAGCUGCUCCCCAGACUUUCUAAUCGGCACUUACACUAGUGAAAAAGACAUGUGCAGAUGACCAGUUCUUUCAAACAAUGGUAAAAUAUUAGCAAUAGCAGUUCUCAUACAUUUUACCAGUUUGAUGUGCACAUGGGUCUUUGGGCUGGAUAAUUGUUUUGGCAUAAGCCCUGUAAGAAAGCUUUAGGCACAAGUUUGUAAAGAGCCAAAGGAAUGAAGAUGUACAUCUGAACAAUAAUGCUUUCUUAAGUGCAGAACUCUAAAGAAUUUGGGUCCCGAUCCUGUGGAAAAAUCUUACUCAAUUCAUUGUCAUGUUCAUCAUCUCAUUGGAAAGUCUAGCAUAAAGAAUUGCUAGUCUGAUCCUGCACUUUCCUUGGUAGCUGGACCUCUAUCCUACUCCUUCCCUUUCUCAUCCUGCCAUACAAUCAUUGACUGAAACAGAAGAUCAGGAAUGUACAUUCUCUAGACUCUAGCUGCACAAUCUCUAGAAGGAGUAGAAGUUGCACAGCACCAGUGCAUGGAUAACCUAGAUUUUUCAGCCCAGAGUGUCAAUUUUCAUUGUCAUUAUGUUACGUGAGGAUAUUUACAUAAAUGUUGUUUGAGGAGUUACUCCUUAACCCAAGAGGUUAUUCACUAUGCUUUCACAGAAAUGAAGUUCAGUUUUGAUAAAUUAUAAUACACACAUUUUCAUUCAUCCCUGGAUAGCAAAAAUAUAAGCAGUGCGCUGUUGAUGGUAUUCACGUGAUGAUCAUUCUGUGUAUACAUCUAGGGCUUUAUGGGAAGGCAAGUGUCCAGGCACAUGUAUUCCUUUCCCAAACAUCUCUGGGACUUAGCACUCUGGCACGAAGGGAGACAAGUUCUCCCAGACAUCCACAACUGUCAUCUCAGUUGCUGCCAAUCGCUAAUCACUCUGCAUCUCGGGAGUGGGAAAUGCACAUUUAUUCUUUUAUUUCUUAAUUUGAACUCUUGCAUUUUUAAUAUAAAUGUGUAGAGGAAUUGUAUGUCUCAUUUAGUGCUGUAUCCAAUUUUGUAUCUAUUGUAUGCAUAAGGUUUAUAUUCUUUAAUUAUUUCAGGAUUACUAAAAAAAACAGCGUAAGAGUUUGAGAGCAAAUGCCCAUUUCUGCUUUUCUUGAAAAUAAAAUUCUUCUAGGAAUUCCCAUGUAUUUCUCUCUGAAUUCAUCAGUAUUUUUUCUAUGCUUUUUUUUCUUUCUUUCUCUGUUCUUGCAUUAUUUGUUCUCAUAAGAGACAAGUGAAUAAAAUUUUUGUUUUGGAAUAA